UGACGUCUUCAAAGACAAGCAAGAUCGCGAAAAAGCCGUUUCCACCUAUCUUCAUCAGCUGCGUGGGAUAGCCGACUCGAACUAUCCGAUCAAGAAGAGAAAGGCAACAUGGCAAGCCGUCCCGAGCGCUGCGCCUUGGUCCUUCGCUACGAGAGCCAGCGCCGCGAGCUCGCGGUCGGCCUCGACACGACGCUCCUCGACGUGCGCAUUCUCGCCGCGCACCUCUUUGAGCUCGCGCUGCCCACGAGCAGCAAGGAGCUGCCAUGGGACCUCACGUACGAAGACAACGAGGGCGACGAGGUGCAUUUGACCAACGACAUGGAGCUCCAAGAAGCGUUUACGAUGCCAUCGCUCACGAUAGCAGUGCAUAUGAAGCGGAAUCUGCUCGAGGCGACCAUCAACGAGCACGUGCUUCCUGCCGUGCAGUCGUCGUUGGCAACGGUGGCCGACUGGUUCACGCAACUCAGUCACGACACGCCCGAGACGACGUCGGUGCCACGCCGGCGGGACCGCGCCGAGUCCGAGACCGAGUCCGAGUCGGACGACGAGCUCUAAGUUGGUGCUACAUGUACAAGAAUGGCGUGUUUUCCGAGAUGCAUUAUCAUCUUAUGUACCACAUAUACACACACACGACACGUAUCUACUACCAUGCAGGCCGCGCGUUCUCUAAUCCCUUGGGUCUUCUAUAUCCUUGCUUCGUCGUGGU